CGUAUGGUAAACGUUGCCAUCGCAGAGUAAAGCAUCCGCUAUCCUUUGCAUCGCUUUGGAGUAACCAGGAUCAUCGAGAGGGUUCUGUAGUGGCAGGAUAGCUAUUCUCGUUGGAUUAAAUACAUCAAAUUCUUUGACAUUUUUAUUACACAUAAUACAUAGAUGUUUAUUUGGUUGCAGCAUAUAUUUCUCAUGUGGGGAUUUUGUCAUUGACACAUGGCGCUGUUGCAUUUCUGCACAGCUCAGCUCUCUGUGUGAGCCAUCGGUCUGUCAUUACAGUAUCUACAGUUUAUAGCGAGUAAUAAAACACAUCUUCCUUGACCCACCGAUCUGAUUUCUGGACUCUCAUCACUGCAUUCAAGAGAUGGACGAAGACUAUCAAAUACCUGAGGAUCUCUCACUGGAAGAGAGGGAUGAGCUGUCAAACAUCCGGCGGAGGAAGAGAGAGCUGCUGGAUGAUAUUGAGCGCUUGAAGUUUGAGAUAGCUGAAGUCAUGACUGAGAUCGAGCAACUAACGUGUGUAGGAGAGAGCAAAAUGACACAGAGGAACAAACAGAUUGCCAUGGGGAGGAAGAAAUUCAACAUGGAUCCUAAGAAGGGGAUCCAGUUUCUCCUGGAAAACAACCUUCUGCAGCACACCCCAGAAGACAUCUCUCAGUUCCUCUACAAGGGUGAGGGCCUGAACAAGACUGUCAUCGGAGAUUACUUAGGGGAGCGGACACUUUAUAUUCCCUUGAUAAUAUUCCCAUUCUUUGCUCUGGAAAAAUGCAUUGAGGAAAAAGCAGUUCCUGAUAGGCUUACAUGUCCUUGUGUCCCCAGAGAUGAGUUUAACCUCGAUGUACUACAGGCAUUCGUAGAGCUUCAUGAGUUUGCUGACCUCAACCUCGUCCAGGCCUUAAGGCAGUUCCUGUGGAGUUUUCGUCUACCUGGUGAGGCUCAGAAAAUUGACCGGAUGAUGGAGGCGUUUGCCUCGCGGUACUGCAGCUGUAACCCUGGGGUGUUCCAGUCAACAGACACCUGUUAUGUGCUGUCGUUUGCCAUCAUUAUGUUGAACACCAGCCUGCACAACCCCAAUGUCAGAGACAAGCCCUCUGUAGAGAGAUUCAUCUCCAUGAACAGGGGUAUCAAUGAGGGAGGAGACCUGCCAGAGGAACUACUCAGGAAUUUAUUUGACAGCAUAAAAAAUGAGCCCUUCAAAAUCCCAGAGGACGAUGGCAACGAUCUGACACACACAUUCUUCAACCCUGACAGAGAAGGAUGGCUACUGAAAUUAGGUGGAAGAGUGAAGACCUGGAAGAGACGGUGGUUCAUUCUGACUGACAACUGCCUGUACUACUUUGAAUACACAACGGACAAGGAACCUCGUGGGAUCAUUCCUUUGGAGAACCUCAGUAUAAGAGAGGUGGAUGAGCCCAGGAAACCUAACUGUUUCGAGCUCUACAACCCCAACCACAAGGGUUUGUUGAUCAAGGCGUGUAAGACUGAGGCGGACGGCCGGGUCGUCGAGGGCAACCACACAGUGUACAGGAUAUCAGCGCCCACCACAGAGGAGAAGGAGGAGUGGAUCAAAUCCAUCAAAGCAAGCAUCAGCAGGGAUCCUUUCUAUGACAUGCUGGCAACCAGGAAGCGGAGAAUAGCCAAUAAGAAGUGAGGAGGAGUGCCUGGCCACAUCCUCCCCAUCAUCAGUGACACCAGCAUAGACCCCAGUCUGUCCAGGAGACCCUCUUUCACUCAGCCCAGGGACAGGACACAUGGCUGCGCGGCCACAGCAGAGACCAGGGUAAGGGGAUCCAGAUGUCCUGGGGAAUUGCCUUUGGAUGCUACACCUCUCCACUUCAUCAGCAUGGAUAAAGGACAAGAUGGGGAAGGGCACUUGAUAUUUUGGUCAUCAGUUUCUUUUCAGAUGUUGUAUGUGUGAAUACAAUUCACACAACUGUAAAUUCUAUGAAGUGUGAAUGUACAGUAUUGAGGACACAAUGAGAAAUCGCAUGGUCUGUGCUUACCCAAUGUCCCCACACAGACUGAGCUUUCGUCAGCCAUAUCAGCAUGGAUAUUGUUGCCCUCUAGUGGGUGAGUUGAGUAUGAUUUUAAUGUCAGAAGACCCUAAAUUUAUGAAUCAGCUGGUCUGAUUUUCCACCCCUGAAACGAUUGACACUAAUACAAUAGGGAUGGGUUUUUUAUUUUUUCAAUUUCUGUUUAACAAUGAGAUGCCCAUGCCAGAUAGAUAUCUCUAUGGUGAAGGAUGCCAUUUUGUCUUAGAGCUAUAAUACAUUGUCAUGUUUGUGGGACAGUUUUCUAAAGCUAGUUUAUGUAUUGAUUCAAAGUCCACCGCUAUAAAUAUUUUUUUUCUCUCCAUAUUUUCUCUAAUUACAAAAAUGUUUUUUUCAUCUUUACAUUGUGUGUACACUGUACAUGUUUAUAAUUUGUGUUUCUGUAGCAUGUAAAAGUUAUGUAUGGCUAGCCUAUACCCGCUUAAAGUUGAGCAUUAAGAGUACAUACCUCAGAGCAAAUGGAGGGAAAAAAAGAUUCUUCAUGUUUCUAAGGUAAACAGAAAAUGACGUAACUGCCAAGCCAGCUGGGUUUCACCUUCUGGGAAGGUGACAAGGUGAAACAACUCCUCACUAGGGGCUCUGACUCUAGUUCAGCGUCAUGAUUGAAAUUUAAAGGCAACGUUCCUGCGUUAGUGGUGACUGCAUGUACGGUGAACACGUAUAUCGCCUCAAUCGGAAAUGACCUUUUCCAUUUCUAUCGUGCAAUCUGUAACACUUCAGUGAUCCAGACUGAAGAGCGCCUCAAGGUUUGGAUCUACAACGCCCCAGGGUGAGACUGACAGAUCAGUGAACUUUCUACAGGUCCAAGUUGUGUAAAAAGUUCACAUGAUUCUCAGCGUUGCAGGAGCCUUUGAACUGUUGAGGAUUUUGAAUAAGAUAAAAUGUUCAGAUAUUCUCCUGUGUCACUGACAUGUACCCACGUCCUGGUUUGAACUCCCUCACUGUCAUUGUGUAACCUGGAAACAAUAAGAAACAUGACCUUAAGACUGUCGAAACACUCUGGAUUCAAGGCUAACAGUCGUAUCUGACGAUCUUAAAAGCAAUCAAUUAAACAAUCGCUCGUAUGCUAAAUCUUUUACCAAAAUUCAGAGAACGGACUUCAUCUGUCCAAUACAAAGGCAGACACUAUUCCCAUCGGUGUGUACAUGCCCAGUCAAUCAACAGCUUUCACUCCAACAAUGUGUGUAAACAAAGUAAGAUUAGUUACUCUGACAUUAGCAAAUGUAUUUACGCCUUUUUAUAUACCUUGUACAAUGUAUAAAUUUGACAUGCUUAUUGUAGAACUAAAAAUAUGUUAUCAUGACCAUUUUUUGUCUUUUUAGGUAGAAAAAAAACAAGCAAACCAUUAACUAUUUGAGUCAAUUUAGAACAAGGUCUAAAUUACAUCGUGGUAAUUCUCAAAAACAAAACUAUUCCUGAUACAGGACUUACUUAAACUGAUAGUACAGUUCAAAAUUUAAUUCACAGUAUUUCUUAUGGACGCUAGAAAACUUUUUUUAAAGCAGAAACACAGGUCCAAAGCCAUAAGAGAACAUGAUUAUUGUUCAGCUUUUUUUAAUGCUUGAAUAACAAGUUAAAAGAAUUGGACAUCUCAGUGAGAGCAAGAUGCAGAGGGAGGGAGACUAUCUUAGGCUUUCGAAAGUAACAAAGAGCGGUCCCGAAGUCUCCAGGGUAGGUGGAGUUGUGUUAAGUGCACACGUAGUCACACCAGGCCAGCUCCUUCAGACACUACUCACUCAAUAACAUUUCCCUCCAUCAGAGAGAGGUUUUAUACCUCCACCUAUACAUAUAAUGGUGACAAACUUGCAGCCAACUGAUGUCAUACCAAACAGGUCAUCUCCUGGGCAAGAAAACUAUUCGUCUUCCUCUUUUUGGAUUAUUUAAUCAGUUGAUCAGUUCUCCGAGGAGGAAUACGUCUCGUUUGAACAAAGUCCUGAGUCUUCCACUGUGCAGCUUAUUCUUUUGUUAAUUAUUUAUCACAAAUGUACAUUGAGUGAUGAGUGAAGUUGAAAAAAAUCUAUUUAAGAAAAGAAUCUAGUAGAAUGUUAAUUUCUCAUGUGGUAAAAAUACAGUAUAUUCCCAAUAAUACAGCACCACGUUCAAAUAUUCGGGAUGACAUUCCUGUUGCUGUUGAAUUUCACUUUUAUAUAAAGGUUGAUAUUUAAAGUAUUCCAAGUCUGCAAUGAGAGGGAAAGAUGUCAGGUUUGCAGACAGUCCCAUCAGUCUUUACACAAUCAAGAUGAGUUGAAACUGGCUCCUGGUUUUCCACUCAUAACCAUGCACAGUCCAGCAUAGAGAUUCUGAGAGUAAGACAGAGGCAAAGGAAAGAUACUUACAUUGUUCUGUGUCUCUGGUCGAACAGAGAAAAUCUACUGUCUAAGGUCAUUGUACAGUCCAUUAGUAGAACAUUCGUGGGAGUUUCCAUUGGGUUGACCUAAGCCAUUACCUACAACAAAACAUUAUGGUCAAAAUGAUAGAUUAACACAGUGACAAACUGAGAAACAACCACCUAUAGAAACCACAUCUGCUUGUUUUAUUACCUGUGUGUUCGUUGAAGUGGCAGUGCGAUGCGUUUUGAGGAGCUGCUGUUGGUGAUCCAUCACGAGAGGAGAAGGAGCUGUCGUUGUCAUCAGCGCGAUGGCGUUUCUUAGGGUAGCUGUUGUCAUAGCCAUCGUCCUGGUAACGUUGCUUCUUGCUCGCCCUCUCAUCGUCGCUGCUGCUUGCCCUGCGACUCUCCCGGGGGGCAUUGGGGUCACGGUGCCCCUCGGGACUCUGGGUAGAGUGGAUCUCACCCCCUGACUUCUCAACCUCCGUGUCAGUGUCGUACCUCCUACUUUUGUUGUGUUUGGAGGAACUGCUGCCGUCGGCUGCCCUGUCAGAGGAAUUCACGUCAAAGGUCCUGGAAGAAAGAACACCCAGGUCAGAGGUAAUAUAGAUCAGUUGUUACUUUAUCUGACAGUGUCUCAUUGUGGAGGCUUAAGAAAGAAGAGACUGCCUUACCUAUUCUCUCGGUGCCUCUCUCUGUCCUUGGACUUCUUCUUCUUGCUCUUCUUGGGUUUCUUGGCCUGACGCUCCUCAGAGCUGUCCUUUCUCUCCUCUCUGUGAGGCUCGGAUCGUUUCAC